GACUCUGUAGUGAGGGGGCAGCAGCGUUACCAUGGCGCUCGCGAAUAAAGGCGCGCGUGCAACCUCACUUUUAAACGGCCCGAGCGAGCGCGCGCGAUGACCGGCGCAGUGAAAGAGCACGGCUAUCAUUAUCGCUUUUUCUUCCCGUAACAGGAGCACGCUGAUGGCCUCGGGGCCGGUCUCUGCCCGUCACCACCACCUGCGCGUGUGUUCGGGCUAAAUGGAGGAACGGUCCGGACUUUCGUUCUUCUUCUCCGCGAGCGCUCGGCUCGAACAAAACGGGCUUUGUGGCUUUCUUCCCGUGAUAAUCCGAUUUUAUUUCGGGGGGAAUCUGAACGCCGUUUGGGAUUAGGCGGUUACUGGGGUAAAUGCGUUACGGUGUUGUUUGAGAGCUCGCUGCUCGGUCUUUUGUUUCACAAGAGUCUGACGUUUUCCCUCAGAAGUCUCGUUCUCGGGCUCGGUCUCGAGUGCAAACUACCUGGCGCGGAAUCACUCCGUUCUCCAGUGCUGCUAUGAGUUCCUGGCUGCUUAAAUACUGUAACCUCGUUCUCCGUAGUGCGGUGCUCACUGCUGUGUUCGCCUUUGCAUCCUCUCAUUCGGCUGAUAAUAAGUGUGGGUCACCUCUCGUCUCGACGUGUCAAGAAUGCCUGAGGCGUGGACCAGAGUGCGCCUGGUGCUUUCAGAAGAGCUUUCUGGAUGGAGUGCACGUUAGCAAGAGAUGUGAUUCUGCUGCUCAGCUUAGGCUUAAAGGCUGUGGGGAGGAGUUUAUUGAGAAUCCUGAAGUUAAAGUGGAAGUAAACAUGACACUGAGCAGCUCGCAGGUGACUCCUCGAGACAUCUCCAUCCAGCUGCGGCCAGGCAGUGAGGCAAGCUUCAUAGUGGAAGUGAAGCAGCUGGAGUUGUAUCCAGUAGACCUGUACUACUUGGUGGACGUCUCUGCCUCCAUGCAGGAGAACCUGGACCGGCUGAAGACCGUCGGAGUGAACCUUUCCCACCGCAUGAAGGAACAUUCCAGUGAUUUCCAAGUGGGGUUUGGAUCAUUCGUGGACAAGCCAGUGUCUCCCUAUAUUGAUGUGCAUCCUUCGAAAAUCAGUAACCCUUGCAGUGAUUAUGAGGUUAAUUGCCGGCCAGCCCACGGCUUCAUCCACGUUCUGCCCAUCACCGACAAUAUGACAGAGUUCAAGCAUGUGAUUCAGCAGCAGAGGAUCUCUGGGAACAUGGACACACCAGAGGGAGGCUUUGACGCCAUGCUGCAAGCAGCUGUGUGUCAGAAAGACAUUGGCUGGCGUCCUGAGGCUAAGCACCUGCUGCUGGUCAUGACUGAUCAGCCCUCUCAUCUGGCACUGGAUAGCAAACUGGCGGGCAUUGUGGUGCCCCACGACGGGCGCUGCCACCUAGAAGAGGGCACGUAUUCCCAGUCUGCCCACAUGGAGCAUCCAACCAUUGGGCAGCUGGCAGAGAAGCUUCUAGAAAACAGCAUUUACUCCAUUUUUGCUGUGAAUUCGAUGCAAUAUAAGUGGUAUGAGGAUUUGGUGGCUUUUCUUCCAGGUACUUACCUGGGAAGGUUACUUCCCAAAGCCUCUAAUCUUACAAACCUAGUGGUGGAUGCAUACAAGAAACUCCUAUCAGAUGUCGGAGUGGAGGUGGAAGUUGAGGACAGCGAAGCACACAGAUUCUGGGUCAGUGUAACAGCAGUUUGCCCAAACGGAUCCACUGCGGCAGGAAGCGCCAAUUGCAUCAACGUUCAACCCGGGCAAAAUGUCUUCUUCAACAUCACAGUGGGAAUGCGAGCAUGCCCGGAAAAGGAUGAUGCACUGCAGAAAGAAAAUCAGCCUGAGGUUAAGUUAGUGGUGAAACCUGUGGGAUUUAACGAAUCCAUGACUGUGCGAGUGCGACAGGCCUGUGUGUGUAGGUGUGGUGGGGCAGGACCUUGCCAUGAUGAUCCAGGAACUUCCGUCUGUGAGUCUGGAGCUGAUCCAGGAGCCGAGAGGAGUUUGACGGACAGUUGCCGAGAUGUGAAGACAGGCCUGAUGUGCAGCGGCAGGGGAACCUGUGUGUGUGGGGCAUGUGUGUGUGACCGGAGCAACCUUGGUACCAUCUACGGAAGGUUCUGUGAGAAGGACGACUUCUCCUGUCCCAAUGAGAGGGGUCUAAUGUGUGGAGGACAUGGCCAGUGUGUCUCAGGGGAAUGCUCAUGUCAGCCUGGCUGGACGGGUGAGAGUUGUGGCUGCCCCAUCUCCACAGAAAGCUGCAUGUCGGCUGAUGGCUUGGUGUGCAGUGGGCAUGGAAAGUGUGUCUGUGGCGAGUGUGUGUGUGAUCACCACCGACGCUCUGGUGCGUUCUGUGAGAAAUGUGCCACCUGCUCAGACUCCUGUCAAUCACACUGGAGUUGUGUGGACUGCCAUCUGUCUAAAGGCCUCGCAGCAGACAAUACACAACAAUGCAACAGAAGCUGCACUUCACUGGUGGCCUAUGUUGAUGACAUUACUGAGCUGAUCAGAGGGAAGUACUGUCUGUACCACAGCAGGGAGCAGUGCGUCACCAGAUUCCACGUUGACAUGGCCUCACAUGGACCACAGCUACGGAUUAGCAGGCAUGCUGAGUGUGAGUCCAGCCACCGGUACUUUAAGACCUUCCUCAGCGUUUUCCUCCUUACUGUGGUUCUGGGUCUGGGAAUCCUGGCUGUAGUGCGUUUGCUGCUCCGCGGCAAGAACUGGUCACUGAGAGGACAUGUCAUCGAGCAGUUUGAUGACAGCAACAAGAACCCGUCAUACGCACCCACCCCCAGUGAGAAGACGAUAACCUACAGACGGGACUGUCUCCCUGAGCACCCCAUGGAGAUGCACGUUCACGUUCACAAAAUGCCCCUUGACAUCUUUCCAUGACAGGCAGAGGACAAGAAAGAAAGGAGGCGAACAAGAGCAAUAAGCAAAUGAAUGCGCACUUGUUUUCCCAAAGCGCACUCCAUGGUUUGUUUUUUUUAAUGUGGAUUUGGAGUUGAUUUCACUCCUUUUGCCUGAGGUGGAACUCUAUCUAGUCUCUCUGGUACUUAUGGUACUUCAUAUACCUUAUACAGCCUCUGCCUGUUUAUGUUCUUCUAAGCCUGUGUGGCGGACAACGGUACUGGAUUUGGGUUUUAAAUUAAGUUUAAAAAUAAGUUGAAGUUUUAUUUAUGUUUAUACUUUUUAUUUAAGUCAGUUUGUCCAGUGUAACACUACGGUUUCUUUCCACACCACUACGUCACAGCCAUAGCAGACCUCAAGUUUGUGCCAGUUCCUGUUUCUGGCUGGUGUUAGACUGACACCUAGUGGAUGAUAUAGACAUGACCAAGAAAUGCUUUAAAUUACAAAUGGCGUUUACAGUAGGUACUCCAUAUUGGUAUAGAUCACAGGUUCCCAACCUUGGACCUGGAGAACCCCCUGUCAUGCAUGUUUUAGUGUUUUCCCUGCUCUAACACACCCACUUCAGCUAGUUGAAGUGGUUGUGUUAAAGAAGAUAUAGAGAGAUAUAGAUAUGUAUAGUUACUAUAUGUAAAUAUAUGUACUAUAGCUGAGUAGAGCAUUUGAAUCAGACUUAAUGUACAAAGUUGAGUGGGUCAUAUUUACAGUAAUUACUGCACUUUGUCCAUCUCAAAUAAUAUUUUACUUUGAGAUGUGCUGUCAAAACUGGAAUUUUACUGUAUGGGUGGUUCAUGUUGUGUCUUUGUUCCUCACUUGGGUUACUGUAUUUCUAAAGAGAUGUGUGUGUUUGCAAAUGUGAAUUGCCAAGUGAGUUGCACUUAUGUGCACCAAACUACUGAAGUCCGGCGAUGCUCCUUUUCCAUGAGCGGAUGCAGUGCAGUGCAGAGCCGAGGUCUGUUGGACAUUCCAGUCUUUCCUUUGCCGUAGACUAGUUUCAACACUGUUUACAAUCAAACGUUGUUCCAACACUAAGAAGUUUAUUUAUUGAUUUGAUAUUUUUUUGUUUUUGUUAGUAAUAGAUGCUUUUUAAUGCUCAGUAGAAUGUUGCUGUUGAGAAAUUAAUUGCUUGGGUUCUCAUGCACUACUAAUAUUUGUAGAAGUAGAUCCGAAAACACUAAAUCAGUAGAUUUACUGCAUUCUGUGAUUUUUACUUGAACACAAUGCAACCACUGAUAGUCUGUGUGGCAGCCAGAUCACUGAACAAUUGGGCAUUAUUACUGUUCAUAGCACUUUUGUUUUUCUGUUGUUGUUUGAUUCGAUUUUACAUGCAUUGUUUAAAUAAAAAUCCCAUCACCUGCA